GAACCCGGACCCUUCGCUCUUAAACCCUAGGGUUUCAUCACUCAUCCGUGCUCUCUCUUUUUCCCUUCCCUUGAUUGCCUAUGGCUUCUCGGGCGCAGCGGAAGGCCGUCAAGUCGGCCAGCCCUAACCUCAUGAAGAAGAAGAACAAGAAGAGUCAAAGAGAUGAGAAGGAGCUUGCUUCUAAGGAUAUCGAUGCCCUCGAAUUCGACCCAGGCUCCGAGGAAGAGAUGGAGGAGGACGACCGCAGCCAAUCGUCGGAUGUUGAAGACGAUGAGUCUCCAUCAGAUGCCUCUUCGGAUGGCGAACCGUUUACCGACGAUUUCCUUGGCGGCAGCGAUAACGAGGAAACGGAAGAGCCGGGGUCGGGGUCGGGCUCGGAUUCAGAUGAGUCUGAUCUGGAGGCAAAAUCGAGAGCCUUAGACGAAGCCAAGUCCAGGGCGGAGGAGGAGGCGGAAGAGGAAUUAAGGCUUAAUAUAAAGGAAGAGUCGGAUGAGUUCAGAUUGCCCACCAAAGAGGAACUUGAAGAUGAAGCUCGUCAGCCGCCCAAUUUGCAGAACAUUCGUAGGCGGAUCAAUGAGAUUGUUCGUGUGCUAUCUAAUUUCAACAGUCUGAGGCAGGAGGGUGCUUCAAGGAAGGAUUAUGUCAAUCAGCUUAAGGCAGAUUUAAUGUCUUAUUAUGGCUAUAAUGAAUUUCUAAUAGAGGCUUUUAUUGAGAUAUUCCCAGCUGUUGAACUUAUUGAGCUACUUGAGGCUUUUGAAAAGGGUAGACCUGAAUGUCUGCGUACAAAUACUCUAAAGACUCGUAGACGUGAUCUCGCUGGAGUUCUAAUUAACAGGGGUGUGAAUUUAGACCCAAUUGGCAAGUGGUCAAAGGUGGGGUUAGUUGUAUAUGAUUCUCAAGUGCCUAUUGGCGCAACACCAGAGUAUUUGGCUGGUCACUACAUGAAACAAGCUGCAAGUUCCUUUUUACCAGUUAUGGCGCUUGCUCCUCAAGAAAAGGAACGAAUUGUUGAUAUGGCUGCUGCUCCAGGUGGUAAAACUACAUACAUUGCAGCCCUCAUGAAGAAUACAGGAAUAAUCUAUGCAAAUGAAUUCAAAGAGACCAGGCUCAAAUCACUAUCAGCUAAUAUACAUCGUAUGGGUGUUACUAAUACAAUAAUAUGCAACUAUGAUGGGAAGGAGCUACCGAAAGUUUUUGGACUUAAUUCUGUUGAUAGAGUAUUGUUGGAUGCUCCCUGCACUGGAACUGGGGUUAUCUCAAAAGAACAAUCUAUUAAAACAUCCAAGACCAUUGAAGAUGUACAGACCCAUGCCUUUGUGCAAAAGCAACUUAUUUUAGCAGCAAUUGAUCUAGUAGAUGCUAAUUCGAAGACAGGCGGUUAUAUAGUAUAUUCAACCUGCUCCAUGUUGAUUCAUGAGAACGAGGCAAUUAUAGAUUAUGCGCUGAAAAAGAGAGAUGUGAAAGUCGUGCCAUGUGGAUUGGACUUUGGUCGCCCAGGAUUCAUACGAUUCAGGGAACAUCGCUUUCAUCCAUCAUUGGAGAAAACAAGGCGGUUUUAUCCACAUGUAAACAAUAUGGAAGGAUUUUUUGUUGCAAAGUUGAAAAAGUUGAGCAAUUCCAAACCAGCAGCAGCUUCUCAACCCAACCAAACUUCAGAAGUGGAAAAUGAAGCAGCUGUUAUUGAUGGCAACAAGGAUUCUCAAGAAACCCCAAAUGGGAACCCUGAACAGCUUAAAAUACCAAAACAUGCAGGGAAGAAAAAUAGAGAAUCUAAGAGUGGUGUCCAGAGUGGAGUAAUAUCAACUUCAUCUAAGAACCAGGCAGGGAAAAAACGGAAGCUUUCAUCUAAAGAGAAAGUCACUGACUCAAGAGAAAAGAGAAGGAAGGCCCUGAAAAAGAGAAAGCCGAAGGAAACCCGAUAAUAUGGUGGUGGUUUACUAGCUGUCUACAGAACUCAGCCUGGGAAUAGCAAGAUGAACUAACGAAUUUGGUAAAUGACGCAAGCAAGUUUAGACUGAUAUGAGGAGCUAUAACGGCUGCUUAAGAUGGGGAUCUUAUGUUUAAUUGUGCCUGUCAUUUCUUCACACCAUGGAACAAUCAGUGAUUGGUGUGCCUUUAUGGCACAUACCGAGUUGCAUUUGAUGGACAAGUCUGGUGGUGAAUGGAGCAAAUUUUGACUGAAUUGAGUUAUACUGGUUGCCUAAAUGUGGUAUUCCUCUUAUUUGUAAUAUUUCUUGUUCUAAGAUUGUUUAUGCUUGUUAUUGGAAACAACAUAGUGAUCUUUGUACCACCAUGCUGAUUUUUAUGGUUAACACUUGUUAGGGUA